AUAUUACUUUGGAGUUGUCCCCUUAGAAAUAAAUACGAGCUUGUGACGGGAUCAUGGGCAAUCAUUCGAAGGGUCGCAUCAGGAGCAUAUGGUUUGACUUUCCCAACGAAACUCGAGCGUUCUCGAGCAAAUCGUCCCGACAUAUCGUAUCGCGGUGGCCACCUGGACGUUCCGGCGGCGCCGGCGGGCCUGCGCCAAACGCGAGGGUCGCCUUCGUCUCGCUUGGGCGGGUCUCUUGUGCGGUCGGCGCUACAGGGAUACCAAGAUGGAAAUGCAGGGGCUGCCAGCUGCCCGAAACGCUCACUCGCAACAUGGCGCCUUGUCAGCAUGUCGGCUCUCUUCCGAGGGAAAGAAAGCGGACCUCCAAUUGGGGGACGAGAACAGCACACCGGGGACGUGUCCGCAAAACGGGAGCGAGGCGGACAAAGACGAGCGACGCAACGGGACGCUUCGUAACGUGAGCGCCGGGCGAGACGACGAGAAGCGCGACAUCUUGAGCACGUCGAGCUUUGUUCGUUGCGGUCGGAGCCCGGAUUCGAAAUUGCAAAUGGCGCCGAUUCCAGCCGAAGGGGAAGAGGAACCGACGCCUCGGCCGACGUUGUCACCGUUGCCAGGUUCACGGCACCCGCGCGGGGACGGGCCAGAUCGACUUCCAUCGCGGGAGGGCGACGGCAACGCUCAGGAGCUGCUUGUAGUCUUCAAUGUAUUUGAGGACGACCGAAAUUGGGAUCGAGUGGGCUCCUCGGCCAAAGUGAAAACGUCCCGUGAGCCCAUGGAGGUCGGAAACGCCGCUAACGCUCACCUCGGCCGCCCGGAUCCGCCGGAUUUCGCCGGCAAGGUCUGUAGCGAACAGCGCGACUGCUACCGCACCGUCGAAGAUGUUGUUUUGACCAACAAAUACGGCGAGAAGCUAUGCGGCCAGAUAUGUACCGAAAACGGCGACGGGGAGGCGUUGCGCGAGCUUUCGUUCCAGGCACGCCACGACGAGCUCCUCCCGACACAUUCCGACAUUGCGGAAACUAUGGAGGCCUCGCAGUUGAUUCUGGAAUCUGCCGCAUUCGAUGACGCCGCCGCCGACCCCGGCGGUCUUUCCUCGGCCACGGACGCGAACCAAAGCUUUUCUGGGACCAUUAUGAUAAACAAUCAAACCAUAAUCGUGACCAUAGAGAACGGCACACUGACUCUGGCGGCCCCAUCGGACGGGUGUGUUCGCAAAGACGACGAUCUGCUCACUUUAAAGGAGCAUUUGGGAGUCAAAGAUAACCGAGACAUCGUUCUUCUCAACUACGACGGCGGCUGCACGAAAGCAAUCGGGAAGAUCGUUUCCAGUCACCAGGAAGAGGUCCGGCCAGGGGCGUCCGUACGGGACUCUGAGCAGCCCCCAAUGGACAACGCAUCUUUGCCCACCCCGGGUACCUCCCUCCCUCACUCCUGUGCCAUGCUCAAGAAGGAGGCAGGCCAAAUAACACGGGGGGAUUUGCUCGCCUCGUCGCCGCCGCAACCUACGAUAGCAAACAAACGCUCUAAAUGCGGACCGCUCUUCCGGGCCAACAAGGUGAUAGCGCUUUCUUUUGCUUGCCCGAAAGCGGGCUGCUCCUGCGCGUUUGACACGCGGCAAAAGCUGAAGGUUCACCUCCUGAACCACGCCGAAGACCCGCGCCCCUACCGAUGCACAGUGGAAGGCUGCGGCUGGGCCUUUGCCACGUCCUACAAACUGAAGCGCCACCUUCAGUCCCACAACAAGCAACGGCCGCACACUUGUCAUUUUGCGGGCUGCGGCCGAUGCUUCACCACAGUGUACAACCUCAAGGCUCAUACCAAAGUCCACGAGCAAGACGACACGUUCGUUUGCGAGAUCUGCAAUGAGAGGUUCCGCAGCGCAACGCGACUGGGCAAUCACCAAAGAGUCCACUUUGAGCCGCAGAGGCCCCACAAGUGCGAGUUCCCAGGCUGUGAGAAAACGUUCAUCACCUUCAGUGCCCUCUACUCGCACAACCGCACCCACUUCCGAGAAACGGGCCAUUUCACCUGCACCUACCCGGGAUGCGCCAAGAUGUAUGACAAGGCCUGUCGCCUCAAGAUCCAUUUGCGAAGUCACACCGGUGAGAGGCCAUUUGUUUGUGACUCCGAAGGGUGCGGCUGGUCCUUCACAAGCAUGUCAAAAUUGCUCCGUCACAAACGAAAACAUGAUGAUGAUCGCCGCUUCAUCUGCACUGAGGAAGGUUGCGGGAAAUCCUUUACCCGAGCAGAGCACCUCAAAGGUCACAGCAUCACUCAUCUCGGCACCAAGCCCUUUCAGUGCCAUGCUGAAGGUUGUAAUGCCAAAUUUUCAGCUCGCAGCAGCCUCUACAUCCACACCAAGAAACACAAGCAGGACGCAAGCACACUUAGGACUCGGUGUCCCGUGGCCGACUGCUCCAAGCACUUCUCCUCCCGCAGCGCUCUUAAGAGUCACAUGCUCAAACAACACCAGCUUAGCCCUGAUGUUCUGAACCAGAUGGAGACCACACCCGCCCUGACCCCGAGCAGUGAGCUAAUUAGCCCCACACAAGUAACCGUUUCCGGGCCAAGUAUUCCUGGGAGUGAGCAGCUGACAAACUUGGACCUCAGCUCACUCUUCUCUGUGCCUGGACCCACCACAUCUGCUGCUGGCACUGGUGUUGGGGUUCCUAUUGGCGGGAGCAACUCAAACUCCAGUGGAACUUUCACUAUGGACCUCUCCAUGGUCAGCUCGGGCAUCCUCACCAUCGACCCGUCUCCAGUUGGCACAGCACUUUGCACUUCUAGCAGCGCCACAUUCGCCAGGCCCGUGGACCCUCUCAUACUGGCACAGAGUAUUGAAAUGAGUCCCCAUCACAGUUUGGGUGGCACAGUGGGGGAUGUUCUCCCCCCUCAGGGCACCCUCAAUCUUGAUGACGUGCAGAGUGUCACACCAGAGGCCUUGGGAGCGCUUGCGUCUCUCUCCAUGCAGGGUACCUGUGCGCUUCCAGACCCCGCACUGCAGCACCCGCUCGGCUCCUCCGGGGCUCUUGGCGUCGAACCCUCCGCCUCCUUGGCAGCUGCCCCUGUUUCACAACUGUUGCUCUCGCCUACGAAGAUGGCGGAGAAUGGCGGCUCUGCAAGGACCGACUACAGAGCCAUUCAGCUGGCCAAGAGGAAGAAGCAGAUUUGCCCUUCAGUCUCUGGGGCUUCUGGAUCAAGUCAGAGAAAAUCAAAAGGAGACAAAUCGGCUCAAUCGAGUGGCCGCUACGGUGAUGGAGCUGCAGCUGCUUACGGGGGCCUGAGCUCUGUCACCGGCUCUCAAUUUGUCCAAAUUCAGCUACUACAGGAUGACCCAGCAAGUGAGGGUGAUCUCGCCUUUCAGCUCAGCUCGCAGCCCUCCGCUUCUCAUUCUCAGCUCACCGUUGACCUUCCCGUCAACAUUUUGCAGGAAAGCAUGGCAAUCACCGAGGAAAACUGCGGCGCUGACAACUGCCAAUUCACAGGGAGCACAAUCAACCUUCAAGACCUGGAGGACUGUUACGGUUGUGUGAGGAGACGAGGGGACCGCAGAAGCGCUCCGUGCGGUUGGCCGGGCCGUGGGUCGCAGGAGGCGGUUGCGUCGUCGGUCUUCUUCCAGAUUGCACGCCCCUUGAGCUCUGUCACAGGUACUCGUUAG